AUGAGCUGUCCGGACGAGCCCAUCGGAGAGCAGGAUAAUCUUCCUCCACCGAAUGAAUAUAUUCACUGGAUCGUAUCCAAUUUGCCCUCUGCGGCGAACACAGAACGCGUGUUGGGUGACGAGAUUGUCCCUUACCUCCCUCCAUUACCUUAUGUUGGGACUGGAUAUCAUCGGUACGUGUUCGUACUUUACCAACAGAACAAUGGCACCGUGAAUUUAAACGACAUGAAACCUGAAUUGCCGUACGGGGAAUUACGCGUUCAGCGCCAAUUCAACACCCUGGAGUUUUAUCGUCGCUUCGAGUCCGAAUUGACUCCCGCUGGUCUGGCGUUCUUCCAAUCGUCUUGGGAUGAUAGUGUGCGUUCAUACUAUCGGAAAAUACUUCAUGCACCUGAACCUAUUUUCGAGCUCGAAUGGCCUGACCCUGCCAUUCCACCGCAGGAACGUUAUCCUGUGGCAGACACUUGGAACAAACCGAGGCGUCAUCCUCAUGGUUUACCGCUUGUUCGUGAACGUUUCGGUGCGCACAACGAUGUGUCGUUUGAUGUCUACUUGGAUCGGUAUCGGGAUCGGAAAGAGUUGUCUGAAGAAUUGGUUCGCGAGCGACUUAAGACCGAGGGAAAUCCGUUGGAUCCUGACGAACCUAGUCGCACUCGAGUGAAGUAUCCUUCCGCCGUCCCGAUUCCCCGAGGCAGUCCAAGCUGGUGGGUGAAGCAAGAGCAAAAGCGCCGCUUGCGCUUGGGCCGUUGGCGAUAUCUAGAAGGUCAUGAUGGUUAACCUCCGUAACAGUCUCCGUUUCCUUCUCCGAACGACAAUCUGUUCGUCGUUGUGUACCAAUAUCCUCCCAGCUUUUUAUUUUCAAAUCUAUGUACCCCAGUGUUCUUUUUUCAUUUAAAUCGAGUACCGUUAUUUGGGCACAUGUUACUCUAACGAAAAGCUACUCACUUCACUGUAUUUUACGUGUGGUUUAUGUAUAUUUCUAGUUUAAAA